AUGGCCACCCUCUCACAGGCACCGGAGUCCGACCUCUUCGGCAUCAGAGAAACCCCAGGCGCUGGACGAGGGGUCUUUGCCAAGAUGGACAUCGCCAAGGGGACGGUUAUCUACGUCGCCGACGAUCUCUCGGCGCAUGUCCUCUUCAGGGAGUACCGAAACGAGGUGUGCUGGCAGUGCUUCUGGUACAACCGCGGGAAGAAACUGCCUAUCCGGGACCCCGACCACGGCCUGGCCUUCUGCUCGGAGGACUGUCAGGGGAAAUGGAUUGAGCGGCACGACCCGGAUUGUCUGUCGGUCUGGCGCCACCUCGAGGCACAGGUCAAGAGGUCGGGGUCAAAUACGGACGAGUUCGCGAAUGCGAUGAGACCGGCCCGGCCAGAGAUUGAGAGCAGAUGGAGGGCGGCCGCACAGGCCGUGCAGCAGCUCCGCGGGCCUCCCAACCGUGGCUCCAAGAAGGAGAAGAAGGAGCUUGCGAGGUUGUUAGCAGCCUCGGUAGAUGCAGGCUUGUUCUCAGCCGAUGUGGUCUCGUUCCAGCUCAAUGCCGUCCUGAGUCGGUACACCCACCCGGAUCAAUGGCUGGGCACGCUGGCGCUCGAGGAGGAUGCCCAACCGUACAGCUCGACCACAGACCUGGAACGGCACAUCACCUCGUUCUACUUCCUGUCACUCAUACUCCCCGAGGACCUCGCCAAGAUCGCAAGCGCAGAGAUGCUGGGCACUGUCAAGGGCAGGGAGGUGCGCAAUAGCUUUGGGAUCCGGUCGCUGGACGACGAAGGGUGCGAAUUCUUUGGCUGGGGCGUGUGGCCGUCUGCCUCGUACUUCAACCACAACUGCGACCCGAACACCGACAAGGAGAGGGUCGGGAGGACAUGGGUUUUCAGGGCCAAGAGGGAUAUUGCGGCGGAUGAGGAGAUCUUUAUCUCGUACCUGGGCAAGGACAUGGGCAUCCUACGCGAGGAACGGAAUGCGCUGCUGAAGAAGACGUGGGGAUUUGACUGCAUCUGCCAGCGCUGCAGAGGGCAAGACGACAGCGACCAGGAUGGAGAUGACCAGCCGCAGCAGCCCGAUGCAGACGAAGAGCCAGAGCCCCAAGACAAGGGCAAGGGCAAGGACAAGGGCAAAGCUACCAGCCAGCAAGACUCAGCAGUCGAGGAACACGGUCGCGAGGGGCCUACGCCGUCGAACAUACUCGAGAAAGGCGUAAUCUACUUCUUCUUCCGCGGCCGCAUCGGCAUCGACCAUCCGGACAAGGUCUCUGAUAUUGCACGCACCUUCAUCCUUCUCCGCCCUAUCCCGAAAGAUGCCAAGCUCACCCAAGGUCCUAUCGGCGACGCUGGCAACUGCCGUCUGAUUGCCGUACCUAAAAAGAAACUGCCCAAGACUGGGCGCGAUCGUUGGAUCGCCUUCGUUGAGAAGACCAGUGCGAGCUUUGACGAGUUGAAAAACGACUUUCUCCCUGCCAAUGACUACGAAACCAAGACGGCUGGGGUCAGACACUCGCCGGCAGCCGUUCCCAUCGGCCAGGGUGUCUAUGCUCUGACCACGACCGGGCGUGAAAGCCAUCUGGCCUACAUGCUGAGCACGCCCCACAAGCUAGGGGAGGUGCAGACAAAUCUCGGUCUGGAAGAGAAGGGCAGCUGGAUCCUCAGCACCAGGAACCCCGAGUACCCGGCUCCCAGCAACACUGGCCUCCCCGAUGGCCCAAAAUACCCCAAAGAGAUCUUGGAUGAAUUUCGUGCUCUGCGAUGGAUGGGAACAUUGCCCAAGCACCUCGUGCCCAACGCACAGUUCCUCCUGGUGGGCGAAUCGUCUGGCAUCGAAAAGGCCAUGGAGUUAGACGACGAGGACAACGAAGAUGAGGGAAAUGAGCCCAUGGAGGAGAUGAAGGAGUUAUGGGAUGAAAAUGUACAGCGCAUGAAACAUCUCGGCAAGACGGAAUCCGACGCCAUCUUCCUCGAUCUCGAGGCGUAUGGAAAAGAUCACCCGCAGCUACAGACAGAGUUCUAG